AUGCGAACUCAACCGGCGACCUGGGCUAUUGAAGUGGCUCCUCUUAGCUCCACAUAUAUCACUCGAUCAUCUCAGGGACCAUUCCGUCACAUCCCAGCGCAUCCACUGUCAUACUGGUGCAGUGUGGGUGCAGUGGGAGCAGCGUAGUGCUGACCCGGAGUUCGGACGUCGUUCGGUCUUUUUGCUCUUGACUUGUCUUCUGAUAUCUCAUUCUCUCAAUCUAUCGUAGGCUGGAGCGAAAGAGAGUUUUCUGGUAGUCGACCUCAAGCUGGCCGUCUCUCGACUGCCGCAAUCCUCCGACUGGACAGAACUGAUUCGUGCGUUGACGUACCUGUACAGUGCCAAGCUCUUCAUGAAAUGACGAUGAAAGGAUUCCUGGGUCUCGAAAUGCUCUACAUCAUUUCAGAGGUCAGUUCUCUCGACUCCUUUCCCUAUCUCUCUCCCUCCCUCAGGCUGACUCGAGUCUGGCCCCUGAUGAUGCCCGCGCCGAUGACCGGAUGACCCGAUGGCGACGGCAGAUUACCUCGCUCGUCAAUGUCGUCAUCGAAUCCUCCUGCCUCGACAACGACCUCAGCAUACUCCCUUGA